AUGUUAGAUUACUGUGUUAAGGAACCCAGUGUUCUGGGCCCAAAAUGGGUGGCUGUUUAUAGCACUAGUGAACAGGUACCCUUCCAGAAGGAGCAUUUCGAAACGGCGAUGAAUAAUGUGAUAAAACAUCCAAAUGUCAAUUCCACAGUGAUCAUGAGAGCAGAUAUUCUCAUCAAUAAGGAAUAUGAUGUUUCAAGUUCAGAUUUGGUGCGUAGUAAGUCCACCGACAUCCCGGUCAUAAAUGACAGUAAAGUAAUUACGGUAGAUAUUGAUGAUUUAAGACCAAGACAAGUUGACACUGAGCUGCAAUUGACUACUAAGCAUGAGAUUGUGCGGAGACUCAUACCAAGAAAUCCGUAUAAGGAUCCGAUUAUAAACCAAACGUGCCUGGUUAUGAACUCUAAAAGCGAUAAAAACACAUCGCUGAUCGUAUAUGUCCCGCACUUUGACGAUCCAGAGCUUUGUCCUUUCUAUAUCCCAAAAGUUGGGGCCGUAGGCAUAUUACUACAUGCUGGAAGGCUUUCUGUACAUUACUUACCGUUUCCAGGCGGUAGCUCUGAACUAGAAGAUGAGGAAAGUCGAAUGGUGAGAACUGCACGCAGAUUACUCCAUACUGCAGAGAGGCAUUCUACAGGCUCAAUGAAUGGCUACAGAAAGAGAGUAGAACAUGAUGUGAUUGUCGACAAGGUUUUGUUCCAGGAUACCUAUAUUAAACUGAAAACCAAAUACUCUAGGUGGCUCAUCGACCACUGGGUAGAAAGCACAAAUCCUGGUAAACACGUUUUCGAGGAUAUUGCAAUUGCUGCAUUUUUGAUAGAGCUAUGGAAGAAGAUCUAUGGGCCAGAGAACCCACAAGACAAGUUUGAAUUCAGAGACUUAGGUUGUGGUAACGGUAUCCUCUGCUACAUCUUGAUUAUGGAGGGCUUUAAAGGCAUGGGUAUAGAUGCAAGAAGACGGAAAUCCUGGGAAAUCUACUCCGAAGAAGUCAGUUACUGCCUUAAGGAACAAGUAAUAGUGCCUUCAAUCCUCCUACGGCCACAUCCUGAAGUGAAGAAAUUAAACCCAGCACUAGAGCAUAAUGGCGGUCUAUUCCCCGUCUUGAUACAAACCCCAAAUAUGCUCGCUCCAGUAAAUAUGCUCUACUCUUCCGCCGACUUGAUAAACUCAUCUCAUGUCAAUAUUUGCGAGUUUCCAGAAAAUACAUUCAUAAUUGGCAACCAUUCAGACGAACUAACCUGCUGGAUUCCACUCCUAGGGUACCCAUUUAUGGUUAUACCAUGCUGUUCUCACAGCCUAAAUGGAUCCAAGGUAAGAUUUAGAUGUUCUAAAGCAACCGUGGCCAAGCAUGGAAACAGUAUGUAUGCAGGUCUUGUAGAGCAUGUUGACUACCUUGCCAGAGCUGUUGGGUGGGAUGUAGAGAAAGAAAUGCUGAGAAUACCAAGUACGAGAAAUGCUGCACUAGUGGGCUACCGAAACCAUAAUUUUCAGUUCCCAUUUGGUAAGGUUUAUGAGUUAAUCAUUCAAGAUGGUGGUGCCGAUGGAUGGGUAUCCAACACUAUUGCUUUAAUGAAGCAAGCAUCUAGAAGUCAUUAA